AUGUUUGACUUUCUACAGCACUCUAAGAAAGCUACAUAUCCUAUUCCAUCGUUUACAUGUAGUACAGGGACAUCCUCACUCAACAUAGCGCCGCGUAGUGUACAUGAAUUACACCCCUCCGAUAUUAAAGUGGUAGCUGCUAUGGGUGAUUCACUCACGGCUGGAAACGGUAUCGAUGCUCUCACCAUAAUUGGAGAUUUCACUGAAUAUAGGGGGCGCUCUUGGAGUAUUGGAGGAGACGGCAACUUAAAUAGUCGACUUACCUUGCCGAAUAUCCUGAAACUAUACAACCCAAACGUUCGUGGAUGGUCAACUGGCACCGGAAAUGUAAACAGCGCAGGCGCACAUUUGAAUGUAGCCGUCACGGGAAGUAUCGCAGCAGACUUGCCUGACCAGGCCAGGAUGUUAGUCAGUAGAAUCAAUGCAGAUCCUAAUAUCAACGCCGCAACAGACUGGAAACUGGUGACACUGUUCAUAGGUGGUAACGACAUGUGCGAGUUCUGUAUUGACCCAGUUAAAUUUAGUGCCGCUAACUACGCCAACCACAUUGCCGAGGCACUGGAUAUUCUUCACGACAACCUUGCACGUACAUUCGUGAAUGUCGUUCUAAUCUUCGACAUCGCACCGAUCGCGGCUAUGGACGGCGGUUUCUUUUGUAACCUUGCCCACACCCUCGUCUGUGCCUGUGGUAAGGACAAAGGUAAUGCAGACUUGUUAUAUGAUGCAAGUGUUGCGUACCAGAUGGAAACCACCCUUCUUAUCAGUAGCGGCAGAUACGAUACACGAGAUGACUUCACCGCUGUUAUCCAGCCCUUCUUUAGUAACACCGUCCCACCAAAAAGCACGGAGUCUGGCGAAAUAGACCUGACCUAUUUCUCUCCGGAUUGUUUCCACUUCAACGCCAAGGGGCAUGCUGCAUCUGCCCUAUCUCUAUGGAACAAUAUGGUUGAGAGUUAUUCAGAGAAGAAGCAAGAAUGGCAUUUGAACGAACCUUUCUACUGCCCUGGAAUACAGACACUGGGAGUCAGAACCGGUCCAUAUUUAGCAACAAGCUUGAAUUCAGCUUGA